CUGGGAAGCUGUGAUGAAACUCGCUUAUUUCACCGAAACGAUUCGUUUAUCGUUAAAUUCGUAUUUUCAGAUGAUGCUUCCACAUCGGCUGACGCUCCUGACCGUCAAGGUGACUCAACUCCUUCACCAGCGUCACAGGUGUCGAUCCACAGCGAAAAGAUGUUCAGUUCCACUCGUCAGGUGAAGAAUGACCCUGAAGAAAGCCUUCCACUCCGACAGAAAGUGCUAGUGCGGAGAGGGGACAACGGACAGAUUGUCGUCGUGAAGCGUACUAUUCUUGGAAAGGUGCGAAAGGUGGUUCCCGUUGCGGAGAUGGUUGUCAAGGAAGUGAACGAACCCCAGACUUCCUCACAACAACCAUACGUAUCACCUCGUAAGCAAAGGGAGGAGAAGUGCACACCCUGCGAAGGGACAUCCACUCAUGUGCCUUCAAGAAGGCAACAAGAAGACGGUCCACCAGUUGGUGCUCUACUGCGAGUGCUGUACAAAAAUAACGAUUCACGAUAUGAUCAGAAUGUUGUACAAGGGAUACGACGGAUGGCAUAUCAGACUCUUUGUGGACAAAAAAAUCGUUCAAGUGAAGAGGACGGGAGAAGUUUCGAACAGGAAUAUUCUUCCAGAACAGAUGAACACGGUGAUACUCCCACGUCCUCGAGGUCGCCCGCGGAAGUAUCCGUGAGCUGA